CUUUAACAGGAAACAGGAUAUAUGCAUUCUUGUUGUAAAGUGUGUUUACAUGGGUUUUUCCUUGCUGAAGAUGAAAGUAUAGGCUCGUAUGCCAGAGGAUUUACGGUAAGUGUCCCUCUAGAGUGCUGAGGAGACAGUGGGAUGCAGUGAAUGAGAGAGAGAGAGGGAGGGUAGUGCAGAGAUGCUGCAGAACCACUUCUGCCCUUGUUUUGUCUCAUCCGCUUAUAGAGGCACUUAGUGCAUUUCCUCUGUCUCCUCUCCUGCAGCUCUUCUUUGGGGGAGGAAUGCACUUACACUUUUAUCACAAAUUUAAUUUAUGUGCAUAAUUUAUUGGGCGCUGAUGUUCUGCCGGAGUGCCUGGACUGGAACGUGGGACUGUGUACAUAGAUCAGUUGUACUGAAGCUCUGAAUGUGAGUUAAACGACCUAGUCUCUUCUAGCUUCACCUCAGCAUUUGAUUCUAGCUGUCUAUCAUGCUGAAGAAGAGGAACCCUGAGGUGCUGAUGGACCGGGAGGUUCUGCUGGAUCUGGACUACAGCGGCGAGACUCAUGGUCCAGAUAGUUAUGGAAGCCUGCAAAAUGGGGGCUUCAUUCCUCCCAGAUAUUUGACCACUGCGGCUAAUGAUGAGGAUGAUGACCCCAUAUAUGUUAAUUGUGAGCGGACCUCAAGCCCACCUGUUCAGCCCCAAGGCAACUACUUCAGAGACGGCCAAACAAAAAUAGACUUUGUCCUGGUGUGGGAGGUGAUGGUGCGUCGUAAGUGUCGGAGUCGGGGACAGUCGCAAGGAGAGGAGGCAGUAGAAGCAGCACAGGAGGAGAGCAGGUCAGAGAGAAGAAAAGCUCAGCUGGCCCAAUGGAGGGACAAAUUCAUCCAGAACCUCCAGAGUGCUGGACUGUUGAUGGAAAAGGAAGAAUCAUCCAGUGUAAAGAAGACUGUACACUAUCUGAAGCUCCAUGCUCCAUGGGAUGUGUUGGUGUACUACGCUGAGGAGUUACGUCUUAGGGCACCUCUGCAGGUACAGCCACACCCAGACUACAACACUUCUGCUCGAGUUCUUCAGAAGCUCUGGGUGCCGAACAUCAUGAAAGACUCAGUCCCCAACCGUCCUGUGGACUACUACACAUGUGCUUUCCGCAAGUCCAAAAUGGAAAAGUUUCUGGGCUCUGAUGACCGUGAAAACUACUUCACCAACACACAAAGACACCGCAUUGUGUAUGAAAUCUUAGCAAGGACUGUGUAUGGCAGGAGGAAGCGUGCAGAAGUUGGAGUCGCUCGUCUGCUGAAUGAGGGGGCUUUUACGGGUGCAUUCCCUCUGCAUGAGGGCCCUUUUGAGCUCCCAGGUUGUGACAUCCAGCCUGAUCAGUUGAACAAGAGGCAGGUACUGUACCACUAUUGGUCCAACUGGUUAAAAUGGUAUAAGUACCAGCCUCUGGAUCACAUCCGUGAAUACUUUGGAGAGAAGAUUGCACUUUAUUUUGCGUGGUUGGGAUUUUACACAGCCUGGCUCUUGCCUGCUGCAUUGGUUGGGACGUGUGUCUUUGUUUCGGGUAUUUUGACAAUGGGAUCCAAUACCCCAGCGAAGGAAAUCUGUGAGAGUGGAGGACUUUAUCUAAUGUGUCCUCUGUGUGAAACCUGUAAACCCUGGAAUAUAUCAGACAUCUGUCCCAUGGCCAAGGUGGGUUACCUGUUUGAUCAUCCCGGCACUGUCUUCUUCAGUGUGUUCAUGUCUUUAUGGGCUGUCACGUUCCUGGAAUACUGGAAACGCAAGAAUGCCACUCUCGCUCACCACUGGGACUGCAUGGAUUUCCAUGAAGAGGAGGAACCACCACGUCCUGAGUUUGCUGCCAUGGCCCCUGCGAUGGAGGAAAACCCAGUUACAGGAGUAAAAGAACCCUACUUCCCUGAAAAAGCGCGGAUUUCACGCAUGCUGACUGGCUCGAUGGUCAUUGUUAUAAUGCUGUGUGUAGUGAUGAUCUUCUUGGUCACAGUGAUCAUAUACCGCAGUAUAGUGAGUGUAAUGAUGUUUGAAACUGGGAGUUCUGUUCUGCGUACUCAGGCUGGGAAUAUUGCCAAUAUCUCCAGCAGUUUGGUGAACCUGGCUUUGAUCUUGCUGAUGGGGCAGGUCUACACAGCCCUGGCAGAACAGCUCACUAAAUGGGGUAGGCUUUCUGCACACAUCAGACCCCAUAAAGCAACACAUGCCCAGGGCUUUAAAUCAAAUCAGGCCAGUUUUGUCAACUUUUACUCGUCGCCCUUCUAUGUAGCCUUCUUCAAGGGCAGAUUUGUGGGCUAUCCUGGUCAUUAUGGCACACUGUUUGGGAUGCGGAAUGAGGAUUGCGGACCAGGAGGUUGUCUGAUAGAACUGGCUGAGCAGCUCUGCAUCAUCAUGGUGGGAAAACAACUUAUCAACAACGUUCAGGAGUUUGUCAUCCCUAAAAUAAAGUCUUGGAGACAGAAACGGGCCUUAUCAUCUGUGAAAAAGGCCCAGAAGGCAGAGGAGCCUAAGCGCUGGGAGCAGGACUAUGAGUUGAUUCCAUGUGAGGGGCUUUUUGACGAGUAUCUGGAGAUUGUCCUGCAGUUUGGCUUCAUCACCAUUUUUGUGGCAGCCUUCCCUCUGGCUCCUCUCUUCGCCCUGUUGAAUAACUGGGUGGAAGUAAGGCUGGACGCUUGUAAGUUUGUGUGUGAAUACCGGAGACCCGUGGCAGAGCGAGCCCAGCACAUCGGUGUGUGGUUCAUCAUACUAGAGGCGCUGUCCCACGUGUCUGUCAUAGUCAAUGCUUUCCUCAUUGCAUUUACCUCAGAUUUUUUGCCUCGCCUGUUGUACCAGUACAAGUUUAACAAUGACCUGCAUGGUUAUGUCAACUUCACGCUGGCUUACUCUCCACCCAGUUACAACUACUCCAGUCAUACCGUAUGCAGAUAUAAAGCGUUUCGGGAUGAAAAUGGAAAAUACACACUGGUGUAUUGGGAGCUUCUGGCUGCAAGACUGGGCUUUAUCAUUGCCUUUGAGCAUGUGGUGUUCUUUGUCCUGCGUGUCAUCGACUGGAUGGUUCCAGACAUCCCUGAGUCCUUGGAGCUGAAGAUCAAGCGGGAGCGUUACCUGGCUAAGCAGGCACUGGCUGAUAAACAGGAGGCCCUGCUGCAAGCGAAGCGCCUUGCUACAUGAGACUGACCUGCAGGGCAAGGGCUUCUCCAGAAGGGGGCAUAGUCACUAAGAAAAUGCUUUACACCCUCAAAAGUGAUCCAAGAGGGACUUGUUUUGAGAAAAAAAAGCACUUGGACUGAAACAAAGCACUUGGACUGAAACUUGGCUUGGUUUUGUGGUGGUUGAUUGAGUGGAUGUGUGUGUGUUUGUGAGCAUGCAUUUCAAAAUGUAGAGGUCUAUGCCAAAAUUGUACACUACCACAUUACUUUAACAAACGGCUGUUUACAUAUGACUUCCUCUGGCUCCAGCUAUACUAAGACAUGUGAUCACCUACACAUCUCACUCUCUCUGCCCUUCCGGUAAAUGAUAUAUUCCUAUUCGGAUUUAGUGGGACGGCAGGGAGGUUUGCUUUUCUACAUGAAUACUAAAGUAUAUAUUUGUACUACUGACAAAAUGAAAAUUGUGAAAGACAUCAAGAAGCGUAUUCUACAUUGUGUUAGUGUGAAAUGCUUCUCUGAAUAAUACCUUAAUAUAUUUGCAUUUGUCAUGUCUAUCUCUGGGCUGUUUAAGGAAUUAUGUUUUAAAAUAAAGCUAGUUUCAAUAACCGUUGAAAAGCCAUUGAAGUGUUUACAUGCUGGAGGACAGGGUUUAAAAGGAUAGUUCAGCCAAAAGUGGAAA